AGAAGGUCAUAAGACAGGAAGUUAACAAAACACGUAGGUGCUUUGUUUUUGUCGAACCUGAAGCCGUGCUGUCAGCUAAAACUGAAGUCUGAAGAUGUGUUAGUGUGUCAGCCAAAUAUUCAGGUUUCGACGGAAACAUUUAGAGUGGAACUGAGGUUUAAUUUUACGGCUUUUACGUCUUGGUUUUCAUCAUGGUGGAGCCCACAGCAUCAGGUGUGUUCUGCAACAGAAUGCUGAGCAUGGUCAACUCUGAAGAUGUUAAUGCUAUUAUUCAGGCUCAGAGACACAUGCUUGACCGCUUUGAGAAAACCAAUGAAAUGCUCAUCAACUUCAAUGGGCUGUCUAACGUGAGACUCCAGCAGAUGAAUGAGCGCUUCCUGCUGCACACACGCACCCUAGUGGAGAUGAAGAAAGACCUGGACAGUGUCUUCAGAAGGAUAAGGACACUCAAAGGGAAGAUAGCGAAGCAGUACCCUGAAGCCUUCAGCACUGUUAUUCACGAGUCCCCCAGCCUGGAGGAUGACGACGAAGAGUUCGACCCAGCUCCACCCAGUGUUGCCACGACCAUCACAACAGCCAACUCAGAGCAGAGCACAGAGUCUUGUGACACGAGUCCAGAUGUGAUCUCACCCACUGUGAGCAGAUGCUCGGAAGAUCUGUCUCAAGAGCCGCCUGACACACCUACAUCUGAUGUCCUAGAGACAGCAGUCCUACGAGAUGAGGGUCCAGACUCUGUCCCUGCAGAAUAAAGAGAGCAGAAUGUUCUGCAGAUGGUCAUGUUGUGUAUUUCAGUUUACAUUGGUGUCUGCUUUAUUUGCUGGCCUUCAACUAAUCUGUCAGACUACCACAAGCUUGAUGUCGGCUAUAAACUGUCAAUAAGGGCCGAUGGAUUGUUGUCUUUGUUUAUUUGUCAUGCACUGCACUAAAAUUAACACAGAUAAUACUUGAAGUUGUACAGUCAUGUUCUAUAAAAUAUGUAUGAUACUGA